UUUGGCAUAUGCUCGAUGAUGUCGCCACACUCAAUAUGGCAGACUCAGCUUGGUCCGCUUUACGUAAUGACGCCACUGUGUGAUCUGGCGUUCAGUUUCAAGACAGACCAGAGCCAAUUCAGAUUAAGGAUUGCUGUCCGAUUCAGUAAAGGCUAAUCUUCACCAUGGCAUUGAGAGGUGCUGUGUGUCGUCUGUUGGCCAACCCUCGCAAAUGCGCCAUCAUCUCAGCUUCCAGAGCACAGGGAACUGCAACACCUGUCAGAUGGGAUGCAGAGAAGACUGAGCAGAAGACUAAAUCACCUAAAGUUCAGUUCAACUGGCUCGAUGCCCUGGACCUUGAGAGCCAGCUGACGGAGGAUGAGAUCAUGAUACGAGAUUCCUUCCGGACCUACUGCCAAGAGAAGCUCAUGCCUCGCAUCAUUAUGGCGAACAGAAAUGAAGUGUUCCACAGAGAAAUCGUGUCAGAGAUGGGAGAGAUGGGCGUCCUGGGCCCAACUAUUAAAGGUUAUGGCUGUGCUGGGACAAGCUAUGUGGCCUAUGGUUUGAUUGCCAGAGAAGUGGAGAAAGUGGACAGCGGCUAUCGCUCAGUCAUGAGUGUGCAGUCGUCGCUGGUCAUGCACCCCAUUAAUGCCUAUGGCACAGAGGAGCAGAAACAGAAGUAUCUGCCCAGGCUGGCUCGUGGAGAGAUCCUCGGUUGCUUCGGCUUGACGGAGCCAAACCAUGGCAGCGACCCCAGCGGCAUGGAAACCAGAGCCAAAUACAAUCCAUCCAGUCGCACCUACACUCUCACAGGCUCGAAGACCUGGAUCACCAACUCCCCAGUGGCAGACAUUGCUGUAGUCUGGGCCAAAUGUGACGAUGGAAAGGUUCGUGGCUUCAUCUUGGAGCGUGGCAUGAAGGGCCUCUCGACGCCUAAGAUCGAGGGAAAGUUCUCCCUGAGAGCCUCCGCCACUGGUAUGAUCCUCAUGGACGAAGUGGAGGUCCCUGAGGAAAACCUGCUGCCUAAAGCCUCAGGCCUCGGGGGUCCUUUUGGCUGCUUGAACAACGCUCGUUACGGUAUUGCAUGGGGUGCUCUGGGUGCUGCAGAGUUCUGUUUCCACGCGGCUCGACAGUACACACUCGACAGAAUCCAGUUUGGAGUACCACUGGCAAGGAAUCAGCUGAUGCAGAAGAAGAUGGCCGACAUGUUGACAGAGAUCACCAUUGGUCUACAGUCCUGUCUGCAGCUGGGAAGACUCAUAGAUGAGAAAAAGGCAGCCCCAGAGAUGAUAUCCAUGCUGAAGAGAAACAGCUGUGGUAAAGCCCUCGACAUCGCCAGGCAGGCCAGAGACAUGCUGGGAGGAAACGGCAUCGCAGAUGAGUACCACAUCAUCCGCCACGUCAUGAACCUGGAGGCUGUCAACACAUACGAAGGUACUCAUGAUAUCCAUGCCCUGAUCCUGGGCAGAGCCAUCACAGGCCUUCAGUCUUUCACUGUGGGGAAAUAGACACCACCUCUCGCUGCUGCUCCCAACCAACAGGAGCCUAACAUGCGUGUCGUCUCUGCAGCACUUUUCAUAUCAUUUUGAUGUUUGGUUAUUUUUUUAACUGUAUAGAAACAAUGUUUGUUUCCUCUCAGAAUUGUAGCAUAUAUGUUUGAGCAUUUCAUUUUGAGCAAGAGAACAAAUUACACUUUAAGUCUGUAUUAAAGUGUAAUUCAAAAGUGGCUAUUUUUCUACUCUCAAUCAGUUACUUUUCAGAAAUUGUUUUUCAGCUCCCUAUUUCCAAAAUGUAUUGACAAGUUAUUGUAUAGACGGUAACUGUUCUGAAUGAGAUUUGAUGCUGGUUACUGAUGUGCACAACACUAAUACUUUUAUUGUAAAAAAAAAAGAAAAAAAACAUAACUUGUAUGGCCAUAUCCUGUUUGGAACUGCCUGUGGAGCUAUGCAGAUGUUUUCUCUGUAUGAAUGUUGUCAGAGUUUAUAUCACACAGAUAACAUGAUCAGUUGGCUGUUGGUUGGUACUGUUGGCAGCACGGUGAUAACCUCUAGCACUUUAAGACUCUGUCACUGACACGCUAUACGUGUCAUACUCAUGUUUUACCUGAGGUCAAGGGUGUCAGUGAUAAAUUCUUUAAUAAAUAAAAGUUGCUUAAGUAAUCCAAAUGUGUGCAAGGCAAUAAAGUGUUUGACAGGGAAAGACA